AUGCCUCGGGGUCACAAGAGUAAGCUCCGUGCCCGUGAGAAAUGCCAAGAGACCCAUGGUCAGCCGCGGGGUCUCACAGGUCCCCAGGCCACUGCAGAGAAGCAGGAAGAGUCCCACUCUUCCUCAUCCUCUUCUCACCUUUGUCUGGGUGAUUGUCGUAGGUCUUCUGAUGCCUCCGUUCCUCAGGAGUCUCAGGGAGCGCCACCCACUGGGUCUCCUGAUGCAGUUGUUUCAUAUUCAAAAUCUGAUGUGGCUGCCAACCGCCAAGAUGAGAAAAGUCCAAGCACCUCCCGUGAUGCCUCCGUUCCUCAGGAGUCUCAGGGAGCUUCACCCACUGGCUCUCCUGAUGCAGGUGUUUCAGGCUCAAAAUAUGAUAUGGCUGCCAAGGGUGAAGAUGACCAAAGUGUAAGCGCCUCACAGAAAGCCAUCAUUUUUAAGCACUUAAGGCAAGAUCCUGUAAAGAAGAAGGCGUGCACGUUGGUGCAAUUCCUGCAGGAGAAGUUUGAGAAGAAAGAACCCAUUUUGAAGGCAGACAUGCUGAAGCGUGUCGGCAGACAGUACAAGCCGUGCUUCCCUGAGAUCCUCAACAGAACCUCCGAACAUUUGGCGGUGGCCUUUGGCGUGGAAUUGAAAGAAACGGAUUCCAGCGGCGAGUCCUACACCCUUGUCAGCAAGCUGGGCCUCUCCAGUGAAGGAAUUCUGAGUGGUGAUAAUGCGCUGCCGAAGUCGGGUCUCCUGAUGUCGCUCCUGUGUGUGAUCUUCAUGAACGGCAACCGUGCCACUGAAGAGGAGGUCUGGGAGUUCCUGGGUGUGUUGGGGAUAUAUGAUGGGAUCCUGCACUCAAUCUAUGGGGAUGCUCGGAAGAUCAUUACUGAAGAUUUGGUGCAAGAUAAGUACGUGCUUUACCGGCAGGUGCACAACAGUGAUCCUCCACGCUAUGAGUUCCUGUGGGGUCCACGAGCCACUGCUGAAACCACCAAGAUGAGAGUCCUGCGUGUUUUGGCCGAGAGCAAUAACACCAGUCCCGGUUUAUACCCACAUAUGUAUGAAGAUGCUUUGAUAGAUGAGGUAGAGAGAGCACUGAGACUGAGAGCUUAAGGCAGGGCUGGCACUGUUCCCUUGGCCAGGGCACCUUAUGGGGCCACAUCCUACAGAUCCUCCCAUUUCUAGGGAGGUCUGAAGUAGAAUUUUCGCUUUAUGUUAGAAGAGAGUAGUGAGCCUUCUAAGUAGUGCAGUGUAGUAGAGGCUGGAGGGAACAAGAUAUGUAUCUUUCUUUUGUCUUGUUACACAUGAGUAACUUGUAGAUUUCUGUUUUAUCUCUUUGUCAAUUAUCAACAUUGUUCCUCUUAAGUGAAGGUUUAUUUUGCUUCAGAUUAUACAAUUAUCAAUAACAUAGCUCUCACAUUCAUGGCUGUUUAACCAAUCUGAAAGUUACGGUUUG